AUGGCGAUUCUAACACUCAAUAAAUGUAUCAUUCUUACUCUAUGUUUAGCAAUAGCCUUUUUCCAUCAUGGUGAUGGUAAAAAACAAUCCAAAAAGGCGCCGCGCGGCCAUUUACAACAACUUGGAUUACACCGUGAUCCUGAAGGCCAUGUUGAUAUUAUAACUGAACCGUUGUCAGCUAAAGAGUUUUGGACCAAGUAUGUCAGUAAAAGGCGUCCAGUUUUACUUCGUGGCGCUGCUAGCAGUUUUCCUGCUAAAGAAUUAUGGGUUGAUUCUUACUUAUCGGAUACUUAUGGUAAUCUAUCACUUAAAAUUGAAGGAAAACUUGAGGAAGAUCCCAAUCCUGUUGGUGAUAUGGGUCUAGCCCGUGACACUAUUAAGCAUUUUAUGAACACUUAUGUCCAAGACGAUAAAUACGUAAUUUCUCAGUUACCCAAACCAAUGUAUGGCGAUGUUCUUAUUCCACCAUGUAUGUCGUGUGGACUUUUCAAAGACAGCAUUAUUGAAGUCAAUUUUUGGCUAAGCAGCGGUGGCACUAGGAGUUUAUUGCACAAGGAUGCUCCUUUAGAAAGAAUUCGAAAUAAUUAUGUUGUUGUAGUGCUUGAGUUUUAUAACCCUUUAGGUUCGCAAUCGUCUGACUCAAAAUCUUUGGCAAGUAGUCAAUUCUUCUUGCUUCUCUAUUGCUACAGAGAUUUCAAUUCCUUAUUUCAAAUUCAAUCUGAUCUUGCUAAUUAUUUUGAAGAACUAAAUCUAUCCGACAAAAAACUUGAUUGGUUAUGA